GCGGCGCUCCAAAAGUGCGGAGCCCAAUCCGGAAUAUUGUAAAUAGAAAAAGGAGCAACAGGAUCAGGCAACAUGCCCAAGUGGUGGAGCUGCGGCUCCAAUCAGGAGACCAAUAGCAUUUUCCGCAGCGAGGUGAUGUCCUUGGUGCAGAUGUACUUGCAACCGGAGGCAGCUUACGAUACGAUUGCCGCCUUGGGCGAAGUGGGAUGUGUUCAGUUCCGUGACCUGAAUGAGAAAAUAAACGCCCAGCAGCGGAAAUUCAUAAGCGAAGUAAGGCGAUGUGAUGAACUGGAGCGCCGCAUUCGUUACGUGACCUCCGAGCUGAACAAGGAGGGUCACCAGGUGCUCGACCUGAUAGAUGACUUCCCACCGGCCCCGCAGCCGCGUGAAAUAAUUGAUCUGGAGACUCAUCUGGAGAAGACGGAAACGGAGAUCAUGGAGCUGGCUGCUAACAAUGUGAACCUGCAGACCAGUUACCUGGAGUUGAGUGAGAUGAUCCAGGUGCUGGAGCGCACCGACCAGUUCUUUUCGGACCAGGAAUCGCACAACUUCGAUUUGAACAAGAAGGGCACUCAUCGCGAUCCGGAGCAAUCGAAUGGCCACCUUGGAUUUGUGGCCGGAGUGAUCAGCAGGGAGCGGGAGUAUGCCUUUGAAAGGAUGUUGUGGCGUAUUUCCCGUGGCAACGUCUUCGUUCGCCGCUGCGACGUGGAUGUGGCCCUCACGGAUCCCAAGACGGGCAAUGUGCUUCAUAAGAGCGUGUUUGUGGUCUUUUUCCAGGGCGAUCAGCUGCAGGCCAGGAUCCGCAAAGUGUGCACCGGCUUCCAUGCCCACAUGUAUCCGUGUCCUAGCUCGCAUGCCGAGCGCCAGGAGAUGGUGAAGAACGUGAAGACCCGCCUGGAGGACCUUCAGGCCAUCAUUAGUCAGACAAGUGAUCAUAGGACAUGCGUCCUGCUGGCUGCCAUGAAACAACUGCCCACUUGGAACGCCAUGGUCAAGAAGAUGAAGGGCAUCUACCAUACGCUGAACCUGUUCAACGUGGAUUUGGGCAGCAAGUGCCUGAUUGGCGAGGGCUGGGUGCCCAAGCGUCAGCUGGAGCUGGUGGAGGUGGCUCUGGCCGCGGGCUCAGCCAGUGUGGGCAGCACUGUGCCCUCGUUCAUCAAUGUGCUGGACACGAAGAAGGAGCCGCCGACCCAUUUCCCCACGAACAAGUUCACGCGCGGCUUUCAGAAUUUGAUUGAUGCGUAUGGAUUCGCUGGCUACCGGGAGGUGAAUCCGGCUUUGUACACUUGCAUCACAUUCCCCUUCUUGUUCGCCGUAAUGUUCGGCGAUAUGGGUCACGGGACGAUCCUCUUCCUUCUUGGCUUGUGGAUGGUGCUUGACGAGAAGAAGUUAUCCAAGAAGCGAGGUGGCGAGAUCUGGAACAUCUUCUUCGCUGGACGUUAUAUUAUCAUGCUGAUGGGACUGUUUGCCAUGUACACGGGCUUCCACUACAACGAUAUCUUCUCCAAGUCGAUCAAUGUGUUUGGAUCCCGUUGGGUAAAUGUGUACAAUCGAACAACUGUGCUGACCAAUCCUACGCUGCAGCUCAGUCCCAGGGUGGCCACGCGUGGCGUUUACCCCAUGGGCAUCGAUCCCGUCUGGCAGUCGGCCUCCAACAAGAUCAUCUUCCUGAACACCUACAAGAUGAAGCUGUCGAUCAUCUUUGGAGUGCUGCACAUGGUCUUUGGCAUUUGCAUGUCGGUGGAGAAUUUCGUGUUCUUCAAAAAGUAUGCCUACAUCAUUUUGCAGUUCGUGCCCCAGGUGCUCUUCCUGAUGCUCAUGUUCGGCUAUAUGUGCUUUAUGAUGUUCUACAAGUGGGUGAAGUACAGCCCAACCACGGACGUGGAGGCAAAUACCCCCGGAUGUGCGCCCUCUGUGCUGAUCAUGUUCAUCGACAUGGUGCUUUUUAAGACGGAGACCGUACUGCCAGGCUGCGACGAGAAUAUGUUCCCCAUCCAGAAAACUCUCGAGAUGAUCUUCUUGGUGGUGGCUAUUCUUUGCAUCCCUUGGAUCCUGCUGGGCAAGCCUUUGUACAUUAAAUUCCAGAGACGCAACAGGCCCGCUGGCCCAGUGGUUGAACCAGACGAGAUUGUAGAGAAGAUCGAGGUCACCACAGGCAAGGAGAUCAUCAUUACGGAGGUGGCUGAAGCUCACGAGUCGGGCGGACACAGCGAGGAGGAUGACGAGGAUAUGAGUGAGGUCUGGAUUCAUCAGGCCAUCCACACAGUAGAGUAUAUCCUCAGUACCGUAUCGCAUACGGCCUCCUAUCUGCGUCUGUGGGCUUUGUCCCUGGCUCAUGCCCAGCUUUCCGAGGUGCUGUGGACCAUGGUGCUGGACAUCGGACUGCAGAUGGAUGGUUAUGUGGGCGCUAUUGUGCUGUUUUUCAUCUUCGCCAUUUGGGAGUUCUUCACCAUUGCUAUUAUGGUGAUGAUGGAGGGUCUCUCCGCUUUCCUACACACAUUGCGUCUCCACUGGGUAGAAUUCAUGAGCAAGUUCUACGUUGGAAACGGCUAUCCGUUUACACCCUUCUGCUUCAGGGACAUCUUGAUCGUCGUCGAAGACGAUUAGAAGCACAUGGAAUGACCUCAGUGGGUCCCUCAAUUAAAAAAGUUUAAUAAACGAAGCAAUACAAAAUAUA